AUGACUUCCGCUAGAUUCGCAGUGUUCCUGACGCAAAUAGCGCAGGCAUUGCGCGAAGAAAAAGGGCCUGAACUCGCGUAUCUAUUGAAGCCCACAAGUGACCAUGGCAAGCAGCUGGUGAAGGAAUUCAAGAACCCAACGAGGCAAUCCCUAUCGUACUAUGAAGGAAGUAUGGAGGGCCCGUGGGACGAGAUUGCGAUACAGUACGUGCUAGUCGUAAAUCACUGCGCGAAGCGACGUGCUGCAGAAGCGUUCAAGGAGGAAUGUACGCUCGUCAACUCCUUCCUUCGGUACUUUGCAACAAAUAGUGGAUGGACAUUGCCUGCGUUGUUUUCGAUCCUACGGGACUUGCGAGACUUGGCUUUCGAUGUGAGUGGCACCGCUAACAUGGAAGAAGCUGCGCGUAUAAUUAGCAAGGCAUUCUCGAGCUGCACCCCAUUUUGCAUAAUCGUUCAUCCAGUCUACCGCAGGAUGUCGCCAUAUGCCGAGUCGCGCAAAUGGGGCGUGUACUAUGUUGUUGGACUGAUCCUGAAAUGCUACUUCCGGGUGAAACGCAUAUCGCUCGCGAAGAACAUUCUUCGAGCAAUCAAUGCAAACCCCGACAUCCCAUCUUUGUCCGCAUAUCCACGAUCACAUCAAGUAACAUAUCGAUAUUAUAUUGGCAUGCUUAGUUUCCUGAAUGAAGACUUCGCCAAAGCCGAACAGGAACUGACACUGGCUUUCUAUAACUGCUACACAAAAGCGCGUGCAAAUCAGGAGAGGGUACUGACAUACCUGAUUCCACUGCGCAUCCUACGGGGCCACUUACCAUCCCGCGAGCUACUUGACCGGUUUCCGGUGCUCGACGACCUGUUCACACCCUUCAUCAGAGCGGUCCGAACCGGUGACAUUCGUGCAUAUGAUUCAGCCUUGGACCAGUGCGAACGACGGCUAGUGGACCUAAACUUGUACCUGACGCUCGAAAAGGCCCGAGAGCUCUGCAUUCGAGGGCUGUUCCGCAAAGUGUGGAUCGCGUCCUCGAAAGGCACGAGAAUACCUGUGGCGAUGUUUCAUUCAUCGCUACAGAUAGCAGGCAUGGACGUCUCACUUGAGGAGGCGGAGUGCUUUGUUGCGAACCAGAUAUACAAGGGCUUCAUGAAGGGAUACCUCUCUCACGAAAAGCAGAUGGUUGUCUUGUCUGCUGUGAAGGCUUUCCCAAGUCUGGCGGAACGGCCAUCGCCUUAUGCUCUGUUGUACUAG